UGGAGAGGGUGGCGCAGGAGAGGCAGCAAGCGAAGGCGAGAGCAGCGGCGGAGAUGGAGAAGUAUUUUGGGAAUGCCUAUCGCGGAGAUCCGGGCGUUCCCCACACGGAUCCAGAGCGGUUCGUGAACAUAUGGAUCGGGUCCGUGGCCUUCUCCGCCCUCACCUGGAUCAACCCUUACAUGUGGCAGCUCUCCAACCAGUUCAACUGGCAUGACAAGGCUAUGAUGUUUGAACACUACCAUUGGAAGAAAGCCAUGAAGAAGAAUGAACCAUAUCAAUUCAAGUGGAACAAGUACAUGACCAAACCACUGCGUGAUUCAUACUACCACAACUGGCCAGUUUACUUCCCCUAGCUGCAUUAGUUUGCUGGUUCUCCAUGGCAACUACUGGAAAGUUGGGUUAAAUUAGUUGGUUUUGAGACAUAAAAUAGUGGAAGAAUCGAAUUCUCAGAUACAGGUGUGUGAUGCCACUGCAUAUGUUUUUGUUCUGAACUCAUCGCAAUCUCUUAUCUUCACAUCUAUGAUGAACUGUUGUAAUGUUUCAAAGACAACCUUAAGUUUCAGUUUGUAGCACCUACUUUUCAUGCAGAUCUUAAGCAGUGGUUUCUGUGGA